GAGAUGGGCGAUGUUUAUUUUUUGUUUACGCCUGAGGCCUCCUGCGCAUGCGCGUUCAGUAUUCUGAGGAAAGUGAAACCGAAAGUAAAGACUCGAUUCUUAAGAAUGUAAAAUCUGUCAUAAAUAGCCUAUCACAUUACGGUCUGAAGUCAGUUUCUCAUUAUGGAGAACAGAGAGAGCAGAGAGAGAUCUUCAUCUGCAGAACCCAGCUGUGUGUCCAUGAAGAGUGAUGGAUCCAUGCGUCAUCCUCUUUAUUUCAGUGAUGGAGCAGUGACCUCUGACCCCAGUAUCUCCAGGAGGAAGAAGAGACAGAUAUCUUCAUCUGCAGAACCCAGCUGUGUGUCUAUGAGGAGUGACGGAUCUAUGAUUCAUCCUCCUUUAUUCAGUGAUGGAGCAGUGACCUCUGACCCCAGUUUCAGCAGAGUGGAUAGAGAUGAUCAGACUGGAGACCUGCAGCAGGAUUCUCCUCAACCAAUGAAUGAUGAACUACAGAGAGUCAAAGACCGACACAAAAUCAGCAUGAAGAACAAGUAUGAGAGAUUAUUUGAGGGAAUGAAACUCCAAGAGAAUAAAACCCUCCUGAACAGGAUCUACACACAGCUCUACAUCAUAGAGGGAGAGAGUGAAGGAGUGAAUGAAGAACAUGAGGUUUUACAGAUGGAGAAAACAGCCAGAACACAACACUCACAAGACACUCCAAUCUACUGCAAUGACAUCUUUAAAGCCUCACCUGAACCAGGAUGUGAGGAGAAACACCAAAUCAAGACUGUUCUUACUAAAGGAGUCGCUGGAAUCGGAAAAACCGUCUCUGUGCAGAAGUUCAUUCUGGACUGGGCCGAGGGAAAAGCCAAUCAGGAUGUAGAUUUCAUGUUCGUGCUUCCAUUUCGAGAGCUGAACUUGAUCCGAGAUCAUCGGUACAGUCUUCACAGACUUCUGCUGGACUUUCAUCCUGAACUUCAAGAUCUGGACUCAAAGAUUUAUGAGGAGUGUAAAGUUGUGUUCAUCUUUGAUGGUCUGGAUGAAAGCAGAAUCACACUGAUGUUUUCAGGCAAAAAGAAAGUAUCUGAAGUGACUGAGACUUCAUCAGUCGGUGUGUUGAUGUCAAAUCUCAUGAAAGGAGAGCUGCUUCCCUCUGCUCUCAUCUGGAUCACCUCCAGACCAGCAGCAGCCAAUCAGAUCCCCUCCAAAUACAUCAACCGUCUGACAGAAAUUCAGGGAUUCAAUGAGCCUCAGAAGGAGGAAUAUUUCAGGAAGAGAAUCAGUGACGAGCAUCAAGCCAGCAGAAUCAUCUCACACAUCAGAAGAGCAAGAAGCCUCCACAUCAUGUGCCACAUACCCAUCUUCUGCUGGAUCUCAUCCACUGUGCUUCAGAAGCUCCUGAAAGAAGAUCUGAGUGCAGAAAUCCCUCAAACUCUGACUGAAAUGUACAUCCACUUCCUGCUGAUUCAGAUCAACAUGAGGAAUCAGAAGUAUGAAGAGAGAGAUCCAGAGAAACUCCUGCAGUCCAACAGAGAAGUGAUUGUGAAACUUGCUGAAGUGGCUUUCAAUCAGCUGAUGAAGGGCAAUGUGAUGUUCUAUGAGGAGGACCUGAGAGAGAAUGGCAUAGACGUCACUGAUGCCUCACUGUAUUCUGGGAUUUGCACUGAGAUCUUUAAGGAGGAAUCUGUGAUUCAUCAGAGGAAAGUCUACAGCUUCAUUCAUCUGAGCGUUCAGGAGUUUCUCGCUGCUUUCUAUCAUUUUUACUGCUAUUUAAUGAAGAACAAGAGACCACUGUAUGAAUUCAGAUUUUACAGAUAUGAUAAAGCCUCUCUGUAUGAUCUACUAACAUCAGCAGUAAAUAAAGCCCUAGAGAGUAAGAAUGGACAGCUGGAUCUGUUCCUGCGGUUCCUGCUGGGCGUCUCACUGGAGUCCAAUCAGAGACUCUUGCAGGAUCUACUGACACACACAGAGAAAAGCUCAGAGAACAUCAGAGAAACCACACAGUACAUUCAAAAGAAGAUCAAAGAUAAGGAGGAUUUUUUUAAUCUCUCAGCUGAUCAAUCCAUCAAUUUGUUCCUCUGUCUGCUGGAAGUGAAAGAUCAGACUCUGUCCAGAGAGAUUCAGGAGUUUGUGAAAUCAGACAAACACUCAGAGGAGAAACUCUCUCCUGCUCACUGCUCAACAAUCGCCUACAUGCUUCAGAUAUCAGAGCUGCUGGAUGAGUUUGAUCUGAAGAAAUACAACACAUCAGAUGAGGGGAGAAGAAGACUGAUACCAGCUGUGAUCAACUGCAGAAAAGCUCUUCUUUCUGGCUGUAAUCUCAGUGUUCAUUGCUGUGAGAGUUUGUCAUCAGCUCUUCAAUCCUCGAACUGUGUCCUGAGAGAGCUGGACCUGAGUAACAAUGACCUGCAGGAUUCAGCAGUGAAGCUUGUUUCUGAUGGACUGAAGAGUCCAAAAUGUCAGCUGGAGAUACUGAGUCUUACUUACUGUAAUCUCACUGUUCAGUGUUGUGAGAGUUUGUCAUCAGCUCUACAUUCCUCAAACUGUGUCCUAAGAGAGCUGGACCUGAGUAACAAUGACCUGCAGGAUUCAGUAGUGAAGGUGCUCUCUGAUGGACUGAAGAGUCCAAAAUGUCAAAUGCAGAUACUGAGUCUUUCUGGCUGUAAUCUCAAUGUUCAUUGCUGUGAGAGUUUGUCAUCAGUUCUUCAAUCCUCAAACUGUGUCCUGAGAGAGCUGGACCUGAGUAACAAUGACCUGCGGGAUUCAGCAGUGAAGCUUCUUUCUGAUUCACUGAAGAGUCCACACUGUCAGCUGCAGAUACUUAGUCUUUCUGGCUGUAAUCUCACUGUUCAUUGCUGUGAGAGUUUGUCAUCAGCUCUUCAAUCCUCAAACUGUGUCCUGAGAGAGCUGGACCUGAGUAACAAUGACCUGCAGGAUUCAGCAGUGAAGCUUCUUUCUGAUGGACUGAAUAGUCCAAACUGUCAACUGCGGAUACUGAGACUUGCUGGCUGUAAUCUCGCUGCUCAGUGUUGUGCGAGUUUGUCAUCAGUUCUUCAGUCCUCAAACUGUGUCCUGAGAGAGCUGGACCUGAGUAACAAUGACCUGCAGGAUUCAGGAGUGAAGCUUCUUUCUGAUGGACUGAAGAGUCCAAACUGUCAGCUGCAGAUACUGAGGUUGUCUGGCUGUAUGGUGACAGAGGAAGGCUGUGGAUUUGUGUCUUCAGCUCUGAGUUCAAACCCCUCACACCUGAGAGAACUGGAUCUGAGCUAUAAUCACCCAGGAGAUUCAGGAGUCAAGCUGCUCUCAGACAAACUGGACCAUCCAAACCGCUCACUGCAGAUACUCAAUUUGGAACAUGGAGGAGAAAUCAGGAUCACAGCAGGACCACGAAAGUAUGCCUCUGAUCUCACACUGGAUCCAAACACAGCAAACACUCGUCUCGUUCUGUAUGAGGAGAACAGGAAGGUGAUGCGUUUGAAAGAGCAUCAGUUGUAUCCUUAUCAUCGAGAGAGAUUUGAUGAGCAACCUCAGGUUCUGUGUGGAGAGAGUCUGACUGGACGCUGUUACUGGGAGGCUAAAUGGAGUGGGAGAGAUGCUGAAAUAUCAGUGACAUAUAAAGGAAUCCACAGGAAAGGAGGGAGUGACUGUUGGCUUGGGUUCAAUGACAAAUCCUGGAAUCUUAUCUGCUCUGAUGUUGGAUUCACUGUCUGUCACAAUAAGAACAUCACUGAUAUACCUGUCGUCCGUUCAUCCUCUAAUAGAGUAGGAGUGUAUGUGGACGUGUCGGCCGGCACUCUGUCCUUCUACAGCGUCUCUGACACACACACACUCGCACACUUACACACAUUCAACACCACAUUCACUGAACCCCUCUAUGCUGGAUUUAGGCUUUAUGAUGAUUGUUCUUUAGUGUCUCUGUGUCAGAUUAAACAACAGACACACACACACUUGUAAAUACUCUUUCUAACGUCCACAUGCACACACAGUUGUUACGUCCCUGCAGGGCCGGCCCAAGCCUUUAUGGGGCCCUAAGCAGAAUUUUAUUUGGGGGGACCCUCGGUUAAAAUAACUUAAGAUAACUUAAGAUAAUUUCAUCUUUCAUUUGAAGGCCAUGUUACUAGCAUCUGUAAAACCGCAUUCUUCCAUCUUAAAAAUAUAUCUAAACUACGACAUAUGCUCUCAAUGAAAAAUGCAGAACAGUUAGUUCAUGCGUUCAUGACCUCAAGGCUAGAUUACUGUAACGCUCUACUGGGUGGUUGUUCUGCUCGCCUGAUAAAUAAACUACAGCUCGUACAAAAUGCAGCAGCUAGAGUUCUUACUAGAACUAGGAAGUAUGACCAUAUUAGCCCAGUUCUGUCAACACUGCAUUGGCUUCCUGUUAAACAUCGUAUAGAUUUUAAAAUCUUGCUAAUUACUUACAAAGCACUAAAUGGUUUAGCUCCCCAGUACCUGAGCGAGCUCCUAAUUCAUUAUAGUCCUUCACGUCUAUUGCGAUCUCAGAAUUCAGGCCAGCUGAUAAUACCUAGAAUAUCAAAAUCAACCGCAGGCGGUAGAUCCUUCUCCUAUUUGGCACCUAAACUCUGGAACAAUCUUCCUAGCAUUGUUCGGGAAGCAGACACACUCUGUCAGUUUAAAUCUAGACUAAAAACGCAUUUCUUUAACCUGGCAUACACAUAACACAUUACCAAUUUAUAUUUUCAAAUCUGUUAAAGGAUUAUUAGGCUGCAUAAAUUAGGUCAGCCGGAACCGGGAACACUUCCUAUAACACCUGAUGUACUCGUUACAUCAGAAGAAGAAUGGCAUCUACGCUAAUAUUAGUCUUUCUGGUUAUCCCGAGGUUCACCGUAGUCAACCGGAUCCAGGCCGUAUCCAGGUGAGACCAAGGACCUGCGCCUUGACAUGACCACAAUGCAGCCCUGAGGUAUCAGCAGAGAUUGAGUCAACUAGAUCAUCCACUGUGAGGGCCUCAUCGACACGACAGCCGCGACACAGUUCCUCAACAGCCGUGAUGAAUAUGAUCCUCAAUUGGAUGGAACUGAAUAAAUACUUUGAAUGUUGCGAUCCUGUCGGACUUAUGAUAGCUACCUGAAUCGUAACAAAGCACUGUUGGCCAGAGGAGAACUGGCCCCCUGACUAAGCCUGGUUUCUCCCAAGGUUUUUUUCUCCACAUAAACACCUAUUUGCCACUUGUCUGCCACCUGAUGUCACCUGAUUUAGUUUGGGUUCCUUGCCGCUGUCGCCUUCGGCUUGCUUAGUUGGGGACACUUGACAUUUGACUUGACAUUUGAUAUUCAACAGUGCUGCCUGCAUUGACAUUAUUCUUUAAGAGCUGCUGUGCAGCCAAAUAAUGUACCAGUUGUCAAUGUAAGCUGCUUUGACACAAUCUACAUUGUAAAAAGCGCUAUAUAAAUAAAGGUGACUUGACUUGACUUAAAUGUAAAUGUACAAAACUCACAAUAUUAAAUUAAAUACUUAAAUAAUGACAUAAAAUGAAAAGAUCAGAUGGACCGUAACAAGAUAACAAUAAGAAAUGUAUUAAUUAAUUAAUAAUAAAUGUAUUAACAUUAAAUGGAUAGUUCACCCAAAAAUGAAAAUUCUGUCAUUUACUCACUCUCAAGUUGUUUUAAACCUGAAUGAGUUUCUUUCUUCUGUUGAACAUAAAAGCUAUUUUGAAGAAAGUUGGUAACUAAACAGUUGCUGGUCACCAGUGUUUUUUUUUUUCUAUUAAGUCAAUGGGGACCAGCAACUGUUUGGUUACCCACAUUCUUCAAAAUCUUCAGCAGAAAAAAGAAAUUAAUACAGGUUUGGAACAACAUGAGAAAGAGUGAAUAAUGACAAUUUUUCAUUUUUGGGUGAUCUCGGCAGCAUGUUUACUAUUAGGCUGCUGUCACUUUAAGACCUGCACACAUCUAACAUAAACACAAGCAUACGAUUUUCUCUUAAAUGAUUACUUUCACUUUAGACAUAACCAACUGUGUUUAUGUAAACCUUGUGAUAUUGUUGAUUCCUUGUGUUGUUUAUCAUUGUGACAUUGUUCUGGUUGUUUCCCAUCUGCCUGUUACUUGUUUUAUAUGUUACUUACAGUUCUUGUGCUUUAUUGUUUGUUUUUGAUUUAUUUGUAACACAGGGGAAAACGUGAACAGGGGCAUGUUCAAGCUCAAACCGGUGCGCAACGCUUUGCUAUGGUUUCCGGGUUGAACGACAUGUUUCCUGGAAAUGGUAAUAAAUAAUGUUAUGCCUACAAUACCCCUUAUAACACUCUUGGGUUAUAACACAGUCAUCAAAUCUUUGUAUAGUUGUUUAUCUAAUUGUUUUGAUAGUAUUUCAUUUUUUAGAUUCAGAAUAUAUUUCAAUAUCACUGUAGAAAUAUAGCAAAUGACUGUCUAAUUUGUUUUUGUUUUUUAUGAUGUUAUUAUUAUUAUUAUGAAUAAAUCACUUCUGCUGA